UUGUUUGUCCUAAUUUUUCAUACAUGCCCGGAAUUCAAAUUUUGAAGCAUUGUUUUGCAUGGUCAAAAAUACAUAAAGUUUCUUAAUUUCUACAUAAUCUUUUUUAUUGAUGAUUCUUUGAUUUAUACUACCGCUUGGUUUGGAUUUAUAUGCAUAUUGUAUGAAAAACUUUUUAAUACCGCACGAAGGAUUGUAUGAGAAUAAUUUAUCAGUUAUAUUGUCAUUCAGUUCAAAAACUAUCAUCCAUUUAGAGUAUGCAUAUAAUUCAAUUUCUUUAUACUAGUAUUUCUUGCCAUUAAACGGGGUGGCUUAUCGGUUGGCAUUAUCACUAAUUCUAGGACACUGCUCUGUAACUAUUCGUAUCUUUUUGGAUUUUUUUACCACUAUCAGACGUGGCAAUUAAUCUGAAUGUCCUCAUAAUCCUAGAGGGUUCUGGAAGUGGUGAUGAUCUGCCAAGUGAUUGGGAAAUCCUAGUUGAUUGUACCAUCAUAAUGCCGUUCUAAAUAAUUAAACAGUCAUAGUAGAUUGCGAAUUCAGAUAGUUUUGGUGGUUAUAUGCUGUAAGAGUCUUAUAGGAAAUCUAAUAAUUACGCAUUUGUUAUAAUUUAGCAAUGUUGGUUACAUAAUAUUAUUAACCUUUGCUGCGGUAUGUAGCGGUAAACCUACCAUCCAUCUAAAGAGUACAUCGAGAGAUUCUUUUGCAGAAGAAAAUGUGACGAAAUGUUCAUUUGGGGAGUUUUAGGAUGGAAAAAUCUUUGGCAUUAAAAAAACCUUGGAAAUUUUGGUGUUUAAGUUAAAUAAGUGAUGGGGUGCCCUCUGAGGAGAUUUUUUUAACAACAUUCCAUACCAGUUCUGUUUUUGUUUUUAUUUAAAGGAUUUUCCAAUUCAGGCAAUGUUUCUACGAUGUUCAGUUAGGUUGCGUACAACUUCAGUGCGAUUCAGCUCUGCAAAACAAAGAUUAAAGAAUUAUACUUUUCCCGUAAUUCGAUCUGAAGAUUGUGUUCAGAAAAUCAUUUCCGGGUGGGGUCCAGGUGGACAAAAGGUGAACAUGACGAGAAAUGCAGUGACAAUCAAACAUGUACCUACUGGUAUCGUUGUUCGAGUUCAUCAAUCGCGACUUCUGCAGGAAAACAUUGAAAUUGCUCAGGAAAGGUUAAAACACGCGGUAGAUCGCUAUUUGAACGGCGAAAAUUCAUAUGAUGCUCAGUUGGAACGGAUGGAGCGUGAACGAGGUGCAAUGAAUAAGAGGAAAAAAGCAGUUAUACGUGAUCUCAAAAAAAUGUAUUCUCAGGAGCGGUGUAAGUUUGUAGACGAAGGAAUCGAUGUGAAUCCUGUACGAGAUGAACAGUGAUCGAUUUGCCUCAAGUCAGUGAUCAAGAACAUCAGUAAGAACCAGGUCUUCCACAUAAAAUGUUUUUGGUUCUACGCGAACAUCCUACGUUAAACCACAAACAUGAACGAUUGAAUUGGCGAGUUGGAAGUGUACUGCGUCAUUCAAUGAUUCGAAAAUUGUGAAUUUACGUGAUGGAGUGGCAGUAAUAAUUGCUUUAUAUUUGUACCUUGCAGUCAAUGAUGUAAAGAACAUAAUUAAUUUGAUUAGUUAAUAUCGAGAAAAUAGAGCCGCAAAGUGCCGUAUUUUAGAAAGCAAGAUAGUAAAAAAUUCUUUUUUUUGAACACUUAACGCAC